CAUCCAUUCAUCAAGUCAUCAUCUUGUAUUAUACUUGAGGCUUAUAGCUCCACAUCUCUGCUGCUCAACAAUGGCAGUCACUUCUGCCUCUUUGCCGCAAUUCGUGAUUUCACGUUCCCGCGCUUCAUUGCAACAAAGUGCCGAUACGAGGAAAAUCAUUGUUGCUGCAAAUUACUCUGUUGCCAAAUUUGCUUCUCAGACUGUUAGAAGCCUUUCAAGAAGGUUGUUGCUUUUUACAGGAUUUGUACCUAUCUUGUCUAAUGGAGAUCUUGCACUUGGUGCGCCAAUACCUCAGAUGGAGGAGCCUGAGAUAAUUCGUACCAGGAAGCUUCCUGGUGGCAUAAAGGUUCAAGAUAUAGUCGAUGGAGAGGGACAAGCAGCUAAUGAAGGAGAUGUAGUAGUAUUUAAUUAUGUUUGUCGGCGAUCAAAUGGAUAUUUUGUUUACAGCACAGUAGAUCAAUUUACUGGAGAAGCCACUCCUGUUACGCUUCCACUGGAUGAGUCACAGAUCAUAAAAGGCCUGAAGGAUGUAUUAGUUGGCAUGAAAGUCGGAGGAAAGCGAAGAGCCUUGAUUCCACCAUCUAUGGGAUAUGUAAAUGAAAACUUGAAACCCACCCCAGAGGAGUUUGGCCCUCGACGUAGCCUUCAGUCUCAUGUGAACGAGCCCUUGAUUUUCGAGGUGCAGCUGUUGAAAGUACUGUAAUGCUCAUUUUAUGCUUCAGUUUUCACAUGUUGCUCAGUGUGCACAAAAGAAUGAAAGAUAGUUAUCACAUCUUUUUUGCGGGAUUGUAGAAAAUGUUUCUUUUAUAAUCCUAUUCUGGAUAUCUUGAAGCUUAUAAUUUAUGAUUAGUAUGUUCUGUACCA